UUAAAAUCCAAGAGUAGCCGUAACAGACACCGAGGUGCCGGUUUGUUACGUAUCACAGGAUUCUUCUAUGUCAUGAUUUACAGCACGCAACCACAGGAGGAGAUGAAUGUAUUAUUGGUGUACAAACAUCACUUGGUCUUUCUUAAUCAACAUUAUGUGAUGUAUUUGUUGGUGCCACAAAUGGUAAAGAUUGGCAUACAACUUAUUUAUAUAGAAAAGAGGAAGUAGUUUUCAAUGUUUACUUCCAUAAAAAAGGAGUCAUUUUGUUCUGAUCUGGUUUGGAAUGCAUGUUAUGUUGGAGUUAUGACCGUAACCAUGCAUUAUGUAUGUUAAAAAAAACUCAUACAUUGGGAUUUUUUUGUUAGAAUGUUUAGCAGAUCAAAUAUUCAGAUGAAAGAAUGUAAACAUUUUCAUGCGUUCGCUCGGUCACUUUAUGUAAUUAGCGCCUAUCCAGAGAGAGGUAGCCAUAUUGACUGUUAUGAAGAGCUAAAGCUGAUCAUGUACAAUAGAUUUAUGUAUUAAAGUAAAGCUUUCUAAAAAAUAUAUUUGUAGUGUUUUGACAGAAAGCUAAAAUGCUGCAUUUUUAGAAGAAAGGAGGUUUAGAGUCUCUUGUUUUAGAGCCACCGUCUCAGAUCCAGGGACACGAAAAGGCUCAACAACCCGAGAAACUAGACCUGGAUGAUGAUAGAACUUUAGGAUGUCAUCAAGUAAAGAUGUUACAUAAAAGGCAGAAAUUAUGUGCAAUAUUCACAAUCCUUUGAAUGAAAGUAGUAAAAGUGAUUUCUUCAGUCAGUUGCUUACUCAAGAGAACUCCUGCAAGUGUUUGAAGGAAAUGCAAAUAAUUUACUUUCUAAAAGUAUAUCAGAAUUUAACAAAUUAUAUGAAUUUGAAGGAAUGUAGAGCACUAAAAAUUUUUAAUUAUCUGAAUGUAUUUGAUGGGGAAAAAAAAAAAUCGUUGUAUUUCUCUGUUUUUCAGAAGAAUCAAAUUAUGCAGAACGGCGAAUCUUCCACUUUAAUCCAGUUUCUUAAACGGUGGUUUACGGUUCUUAUAAUGGACAUGAAGACUGGCAGGUUUAAGCAUCACCGUAGCAGUUUUGGAAAUGCGGCCGCUCUUGUAAUGUUUCCUCCUGGGCGGCAGGUGGCGCUGGACACCAACGAAACGCUCCACACCAACACAUGGUUUUUGUUUGGCAGAUCACAGCCGAAAGCGUUUAUAGAGCAGAACUAGUGUUGGGUUAUUCAGGGUUUUCUUUACAUGACGUGGCUAACAUGAGCAGCAGCAGCAGUUACCCCACGCCGGUUUACUCCCACGCCGGACGCGGAAGCUUCCAGGACGUUUACGAGCCCGCGGAGGACUCGUUCCUGCUGAUGGACGCGCUGGAGAAAGAUGCAGAGACGCUGCAGCAGAUGAGCCCCUGCGUGUGCGUGGAGGUGGGCAGCGGCUCCGGAGCGGUUUCUGCUUUUCUGGCGUCGGUGGUCGGAUCUUCGGCUCUUUACCUCUGCACCGACGUGAAUCCAGCUGCAGCUCAGUGCACAGCCAGAACCGCCUGCUGUAACCGGGUCGCCCUGCAGCCCAUCAUCACAGACCUGGUGCAGAGUCUUUUGCCACAGCUUAGUGGGAAGGUGGACGUCGUCCUCUUCAAUCCUCCAUAUGUGGUCACUCCAUCAGAAGAGGUGGGCAGCAGAGGCGUAGAGGCGGCCUGGGCCGGAGGAGAGCGAGGCAGACGGGUCACUGACAGGUUCCUCCCUCUGGUUCCUCAGCUGCUCUCCAGUAAAGGCCUGUUUUACCUCGUCACCAUCGCCGAGAACAAGCCAGAGGAGAUUAUCAGUUUAAUGAGCCAGUUUGGGCUGGAAGGAGAGACCCGUCAGUCAACCAGAGCUGGGAAUGAGAGGCUGUCGGUCCUGCGUUUCCAUAGAAACCAGCGGAGGUGACAGGUAAGAGUCCUCAAUGAACAAGAGAGCCCACCACCCAGGCUUCAUCAUGGACCUGCAGCUGAGACAGAACCUUCUGAGCAUCAGCCGGACCGACCACCAGAACCGCACCGAGCCCACAGUUGAAGGUUCUGCUCGUCUCCUCCUCACUCAGAGAUCCUUCUUCAUAGAGCCAAGAGAAAACAGCUGGAAUCCUCCACUGGGACGCAUCUGAAAGAAACCACAAUAAGACUUUCUUCCUUCCAUUAAACUCAUUACAAUGA